GUUCCAGGCGGCCAAAUUCCCGAGAAACGGAUAUAUCUUUGCAACGAGAACUAUGUAACAUCCAUCAUAACAUCUGUAUCGGCGGAACGUCUUUGGUUGUGGAGUUUGUUUCUCGAUUGUUCGUAGUACCAACGAGUAAGCAGCUACUAUUGUGUAUAGUGCAAAAUUGUGAAAUGUCAGAGUACGAAGUUAUCGCGAAAGGCCCUUUGAAAAUAAAAGGGGACGGUGGUGUGAAAAAGAAAAAGAAAAAGAAGGAUCAGAAGAAAUUGUUGGAACAAGUUCCUAAAAUUAUAGAGGUACCGAAGGAAGAAAAGCAAGUAAACGAAGUUAAAAGAACAAAAGCAGAAUUGGCGUUCCUAAAGAUGCAGGAAAAAAUGCAAAAAGAACGCAUUAAGCAGAAGGCUUCUAUGACGCACAAGCAGCGUGUUGAGGAAUUCAACCGACAUCUGGACAGUCUGACGGAGCACUUUGACAUCCCAAAAGUCAGUUGGACGAAGUAGAACAAAUUCUUUGUUUUGGACAUAUCCAUAUGUUGCUCGCAUUUUUGUUUGCUCACUCAUCUUAUGCAAGGUGGUGUGGUGCAACGUUAACCUGUCACUUGAUGUGUACACAUGAACAUCAUUAUUCCACAUUGGUAUAUGGAAAACAGUUAGAUGAAAAUGUGUGAAGUUGAAAAAAAGUUGAUAUUUAUUGUACAGUAAAGUUUAUAGGACUGGUCUCACUUACAGCAGCUUGCAACCUUGCUACUUAACAACUUCUGGAAGCUGAUUACAGCAUGUAAAUAACAGUAAAUGUCUAUGGUAGUAAGCAAGUUGCAAGAGAGAAUUUCUGUAAAUAUAAUUUUUGUUUAAAAUUUUUACUCUUGGAAGACAUAUGUUUUCCUGAUGCACUUACAGUAUACAUUGUGAAACAUUUGCAACCACUUUGUUGUUGCGUGAAAGUAGAAUGAAAAUGCAUGCUGUUUUGAAGUGUUGUAAGUAAAAAAUUUUCAUUCUUACAAUGUUGUGUUUUAUUUGAUAAGCUAGCUACAGUAUAAAUACCUUGAGUACUCUAAAGUCACUAACACUUAACUGUAUUUCAAAGUGUUUAUUGGUAUGGUUGCAUUGCAAUUAGAGUAUUAGAGCAAUAAGAAAAAGUUUUUGUUAUGUUUGUGUUGUAAAACAGCUUAUGUUUAUUUUUCUUAAGUUUUUAAAGUGAGGUUUUGUUUAACUGGAGAAACUAGACUGUGAUACAGAUAUAGAGCUCUUUGUUUCGGACAGUCAAUCUUCUGUAAAAAAACAGACUGAAAGUUGUCUGAGAUUUAUAAUGAGUCUGCACUCUUCAUUAUUAACAGUUAAGAAAUCACAGUCAUAUGUGACUGUGUUGUUCUAGAAACAGAUAAAACUGUUAUACUGACUUUCACAGUUACAGAAUUGAAGAAGAAAUAAAACAAAGUGUUUAAACAAGUUAUUUGCUGGAAGUGUCAGUUAGGUCUGAAAGCAAAGAAAGUGGAAGAUAAAACUCGGACAGUAGAGUAAGGAGCUUGACAAUAGAGCAAGGAGCUGUGUAUUGCACAUAAAUGAUUUGGUAAAUUUUAAUGACUUUUCUUCAGAUUGUUGUUGAACAAGGAAUGUUUGCUGGAAACUCUUUGAUAUAGAGGCCAGUACAUAGGUGAAUAUGCACAGUAAUAAUUACAAAUUGGGUAAAGACCUUGACAAAUGAUACUUGUAGCUACCUGCAACAAUAACUGAUUUGCAGUUAAAAGUUAGGCAUUGUGUCAACAUGAAAAUUCUGUUUCCUUGACUUAACAUACUAUUAAUGUAUGCACUGCAUAGCAUCAGCAAAAUUGUUUCAAAUUUGGUGUUAGUGGUCUGUGUUCUUAAACAAGAGCUGUCAUGAGAAUGUGUAAAUUUAGGUGAGAGAUUUAUCUUAAAAAUACUUUAAACAAAAACAACAACAGUGUUUCACAACUGUUAGGUGUUGGAAGAAAUUCAUUAAAAUUUUAUGCAGUUGACAUUUAAAUAUGUCUGGUGAUUUCAUCUCAAAUCAUACAGGUCAUUUCAACUCGUGCUCAUGAAUUUCUCUGGAAGAAAUAUGUAUUAGACCUCUAUAUUAUAAGUGUUAAGAAAUUAAGUAUUUUCGUUUUAUCUUAAUUUUUGUAAAUGGUAUGCCCCUUUGAAAAAUUUAUAUUUUGUAAAUAACUCUUAAAACAGUAGAGAACAAAAAAUAUAACUAAUAAACCAAAAGUAUUGGAGACA